AACGAGUGAUUGCAACUAUCAAUUUUGCCGCAACUAAAACAACAGCUCUAUCUCUCUGUCUCUGUUGCUGUGCGCUGCUUCAGCGAUGAAUAACUUAAUCCUACGCAAUCCAAUUCCAACGUGACUUUGUCUAUUGCAGUUUGCUCACUUCUCUUCUCUCUUAAUUUCUGCAUUUCGAAAUUCGGAUCCAAUUGAUUGCAAUAUUGUGAUCUAGUAGCACCAGCAUGUCCAACUCUCUACCCUACUCCAAGAAAGAUGUUGACUACGAUAACGCCAAGUUUCGCCACCGCUCUUUCUCAAAGGUCAUUACUCAGAGCUUUCUCACCAGUAACCGAAAGCGGGAUUGUUUUAGCUGUAGUACUGGAAAGUUUUUGCUUCUGUUACUGAUCUUUGGUGUAGCAUAUCUUAUGCUGACACAUACAAGUCCUGGUGACGUAGUUUCUAAGGAUCAAACAAUAGGAAAUAGAAACAGUGAAGGUAUCAGUAUUACUAAUGGUGCUGGUAGAUUGAAGAAGUUAUGGAGACGGGCUCCAAGGCUUCCUCCUCGGUUACCACCUGAUGCUAAAGGGACUAAUAAUGGUAUUGGUCAUGCAACUGAAAAUCGAGAUGCCAGAUCAAUGUGGAUUACCAGGAAACAAAAGGUCAAAGAUGCUUUUAUUCAUGCUUGGUCUGGCUACAAAAAAUAUGCAAUGGGUCACGAUGAACUUAUGCCACUGAGCCACCAUGGAACUGAUGGAUUAGGGGGAUUAGGUGCUACAGUAGUGGAUGCUCUUGAUACAGCUAUGAUAAUGGGCAUUGAUGAAGUUGUUGCCGAAGCAGGAACCUGGAUUGAAGAAAACCUUUCUGAUAGAAUUAGCAAAAAGGGCCAAGUAAAUUUAUUUGAAACCACAAUACGGGUUCUGGGUGGCCUAUUAAGUGCAUACCAUCUAAGUGGUGGGGAAAAGGGAAUGAACAUAACUCAUGCAGGACCUAAACCUGCUGUUUAUCUAGAAACUGCUAAGAAUUUGGCUGACCGUCUGCUAUCUGCUUUUACAGCCAGUCCAACAGCAAUUCCAUUUAGUGAUGUUAUUUUGCAUGACUCAUCAGGCCGUGCAGCUCCUGGUGGAUUGAGUAGCACAGCAGAAGUUUCCACUUUACAGCUUGAGUUUAAUUAUCUCAGUUCUGUAUCUGGUGAUCAGAAAUAUAGUUUGGAGGCAAUGAAAGUCAUGGAUCACAUAAAGACUCUUCCAAAGACUGAAGGACUAGUUCCCAUCUACAUUAGCCCUCAUUCUGGUCAAUUCAGUGGAGAAAAUUACAGAUUGGGAUCCCGUGGUGACAGUUACUAUGAGUACUUACUUAAAGUUUGGCUUCAGAGUGGAGCUAGCAGAGAUAGUAAUACAUCGUAUCUAUAUGAUAUGUAUAAGGAAGCAAUGAACGGCGUUAGACAUCUUCUUGUUCGGAAAACAAUUCCAAAUGGAUUAGUUUUUAUUGGCGAAUUGCCGUAUGGAUUAAAUGGUGAUUUCAGCCCAAAAAUGGAUCAUCUGGUGUGUUUCUUAUCUGGUACUCUUGCACUGGGUGCCACCAAAGGCCUCACAAAAGAACAAGCAAUGAAAAACAACAUGCUUAACUUUGAAGAUCUGGAGAAUAUGAAGCUUGCAGAAGAUCUGGCUAAAACAUGCUUUGAGAUGUAUGCAGUAACUUCUACUGGUCUGGCUCCUGAAAUUGCUUACUUUCAUACUGAGGAGUAUUCUGAACAAGAUCUUGAUGGAGGGAAUAAGAGCUCAGAAUACGUGAAUGACAUUAUAAUAAAACCUGCUGAUCGUCAUAAUCUCUUGAGACCUGAGACUGUGGAGUCAUUGUUUGUUUUAUACCGCAUUACUGAAGAUCCAAAAUACCGCGAAUGGGGUUGGCAAAUCUUUGAAGCUUUUGAGAAAUACACAAAGGUCGAUACUGGUGGUUAUUGUUCUCUGGAUGACGUAACUAGUAUUCCUCCGCAUAAAAGAGACAAAAUGGAGACUUUCUUUCUAGGAGAAACACUCAAGUACUUAUACUUGCUUUUUGCGGACAGCUCUCUCAUUCCAUUGGAUAAGUUCGUCUUUAACACGGAGGCACAUCCUAUACCGAUCAAGUUGAAGAGUUAAGUUUUAUUUGUCAAUAGCAUUCAUUAGGCAGAGCUUUCAGAAAUCCAGACUGCGGCAACGCAAAAGUGAGAUGAUUCGUUUAAGGCUACCCAGGCAUCUCUUUUGGCUGAGCGAGAGCACUUCUGGUUGUAAAGGCAUUGAUUACUGCGAAAUACUGUUUGAUUAAAUCGUGAAGUACAUUGGCAAACACAUUACAGGGACAGUCACUUGAUUAUAUGGCUUGGUUUUCUUGGACUAGUAACUACCCCUAUCUUAAAUUAUUAAUGAGAUUGUAAAGUUUUGUUUCCACCAUCAUAAACAAAGAGCCUAUGUUGUAAUUGAAUUGUAUCAUUUUUUCCAAUUUGAUUAUGACAUUAAUUAGCUUUCCUAAA